GGGUUGGUGAACGUCGUCGGCCUUUCUGGGCGCCGGGGCUCGCGUCUCACUGGCUCGCUGGGUUCCUCGAGCGGAUCCGGGGCAGGAGGGAAGAGAACUCCGGGUCAAGGGCCGCUGCUGCCCGAACUCGGCCGCCAGCCCGAGCUCGGCGGGGCAGCCUGCCAGGUCUAGAUUGGACCCAGUGUGGACGAUCAAAUCCAGCGAGAGGAGGCGUGUUCGCUUGCCUAGUUAAUGCACAGUGGCUCCUGAGGCGCCUUCAGGAUGCCUGCAGCACUUGUGGAAAACAGCCAGGUCAUCUGUGAAGUGUGGGCCAGCAAUCUAGAGGAAGAGAUGCGGAAGAUUCGAGAGAUUGUUCUCAGCUACAGCUACAUCGCCAUGGACACAGAGUUUCCAGGUGUUGUGGUACGACCAAUUGGUGAAUUUCGAAGCUCCAUAGAUUACCAGUAUCAGCUUUUGCGGUGCAAUGUUGACCUUCUAAAAAUCAUUCAACUGGGCCUUACAUUCACAAAUGAGAAAGGGGAGUACCCUUCUGGAAUCAACACAUGGCAGUUCAACUUCAAGUUCAACCUGACAGAGGAUAUGUACUCCCAGGAUUCCAUAGACCUCCUUGCAAACUCAGGGCUGCAGUUCCAGAAGCACGAGGAGGAAGGGAUCGACACACUGCACUUCGCAGAGCUGCUCAUGACGUCAGGAGUGGUUCUCUGUGACAACGUCAAGUGGCUUUCAUUUCACAGUGGUUAUGACUUUGGCUACAUGGUAAAGUUGCUUACAGAUUCUCGAUUGCCAGAAGAAGAACAUGAGUUUUUCCACAUCCUGAAUCUUUUCUUCCCAUCUAUUUAUGAUGUGAAAUACCUGAUGAAGAGCUGCAAAAAUCUUAAGGGAGGUCUUCAGGAGGUGGCUGACCAGCUGGAUCUGCAGAGGAUUGGAAGGCAGCACCAAGCAGGCUCAGACUCUCUGCUGACAGGGAUGGCUUUCUUCAGGAUGAAAGAGCUAUUCUUUGAGGACAGUAUUGAUGAUGCCAAGUACUGUGGGCGCCUCUAUGGCCUGGGCACGGGAGUGGCUCAGAAGCAGAAUGAGGAUGUGGACUCUGCCCAGGAGAAGAUGAGCAUCCUGGCCAUGAUCAACACCAUGCAGCAGUGAUAGCACGUGCACCGUGCUGCCUGUGCCAUCCGCCCCAGCCACUCACCUGCAUCUGCUCCAAGCAGAGACUCUGGGUUUCUGUUUAAAGAUGCCUUUAUUUUAGAUCCAGAAGGGGGUUUGCUCUGAAUUUGUAAACAAGUCUUCCUUGUCCUCAUGCCCACGCCCCUCUGCUGCCUCCUGCCACCAGCAUCCAUGGCUCCAUGGACACCUUUUUAAACCUCCAGGAUGUCUGAAACAAACCAGUAAAAUGUAUAUGACUCUUAAGUGUUGUCAUUCUUUUUCUUUUGGCUUUGCUGCUCUGAUGAAGAUUCUCAGAUGAGCUGAGGCUGCCAGGGAACAUGGUGUAUGUUCUUGAGAAGUAGGGCUGCACCAGCAGGCUGUCCUGACAGCGAAUGACUGCUCUGCUGCCAUCUGCAGAGUUCAGUCUCCUUUUUGUGGUGGUAAGGUGGCACCUGAGCCUCCCAGUCACCUUUCCAGAUGAACUACCCUAGAGAGGUCAUGCUCCAAGUCUGUUUUGUUCCCAGCAGGGUGAUCUAAAUCAGCUGUGUUCUCUCAGCUUCCAUUUAUUUAUUUAUAAAUGGAAAUAGCAAGUCUGAGCUGUCAAGAGGUGGUAAAGCUGAGCUCUGGAACGCUGAGUCUCUGGAAAGUCACAGGAAUCACUUGUGAGCAGGGCAGCGAGGGAAUUCACCCCAGACCUUGUGGAACCAUUCCCACAGCUGUGCUCAGAACCCAAUGAUUUUUUAAGGUUACUUUAGGAGCACACUGUUUUUUAAAUGGCUAUAGAAAGUACAAUUUUGAGAAAGCAGAAACUUCUUUGGGAGGCAGAGAUAGACGGCAGCAGCUCAUCAAAACUGGAGUGGGCAUCCAUUUUAAAAGCUUGUGGGAAACUGAAUUUGAAAUGAUUACAAAAUGUCAAGUAUUAAAGCUGGUAUUUAAGAUGCUUGUAAAUAUUAUUUAUGUUUUUAAUUUUGUAAAAUAAAGAUUGCUUUUUAACCACUGG